AUGCCGGGGAUAGUGGAGCUGCCCACUCUGGAGGAUCUGAAAGUGCAGGAGGUGAAAGUCAGUUCGUCUGUGCUGAAGGCUGCGGCCCAUCACUAUGGCGCUCAGUGCGACAAGCCCAACAAGGAGUUCAUGUUGUGCCGGUGGGAAGAGAAGGACCCCCGGCGGUGCUUGGAGGAAGGCAAGCUUGUCAACCAGUGUGCCCUGGAGUUCUUCAGGCAGAUAAAGCGGCACUGCGCGGAGCCUUUUACGGAGUACUGGACCUGCAUUGAUUACUCCGGCCUGCAGCUAUUUCGUCGCUGUCGCAAACAGCAGGCACAGUUUGACGAGUGUGUGCUGGAUAAACUGGGCUGGGUGCGGCCGGACCUGGGGGAGCUGUCAAAGGUCACCAAAGUGAAAACAGACCGGCCCUUACCAGAGAAUCCCUAUCACUCAAGAGCAAGACCAGAGCCCAACCCCGAGGUGGAAGGCGAUCUGAAGCCCGCCAGGCACGGCAGCCGUCUCUUUUUCUGGACCAUGUGA